CAUUGAGGGUUUUCGUUAGGGUUCUACAUCCAAUUUCUUAGACGUAAUUCCUUUGCUUGAAUCAUGAGAUAUUUGUUGAGAAGAAUUUCUUUGCUAAAAGAUAAUGGAUUCACUCGUUUAGUAGCAUUGGCUGCUGGGGGAUCAGGAGUCGCCUAUAUGCUUGAUAGCAAAGAUUCUGAUAGGUCGAUACGAUUUUCCAUUCCAGUACCAUUGCGUUACACAUUAUCUUCAGCAUGGGGUACAGCAGACAUUGUGCCCGACUAUCCAUUUCCUUCCUUGGGUCCUUCAGGAUGUGGAAACCCUCCUAUAUCUUUUUGUAGUGCUAGCUCAGUGUCUGCAACUGAUGUAAAUAAAGAAGCGCCCUUCAAAGAGGCUAGUGAACCACCAAAACCCUGUUGUGGAUGUUUGGGCCGGGAUACAAUUGCCAAUGCAGCUGCUAGAGUAGGCCCUGCUGUCGUCAAUCUUUCAGUUCCAACAGGUUUCCGUGGGAUGAGCGUGGGGAACAGCAUUGGCUCUGGAACCAUAAUAGAUGAUGAUGGUACCAUAUUGACAUGUGCUCAUGUGGUGGUUGAUUUUCAAGGCUUCUCAUCUUCAUCCAAAGGAAAGGUUGAAGUGACAUUACAAGAUGGCCGUAGUUUUGAGGGUACAGUGGUGAACGCCGAUCUGCAUGCUGAUAUUGCUAUUGUGAAGAUAAAAUCUAAAACUCCACUCCCAACUGCAAAGCUUGGGUCUUCAAGUUCACUGCGUCCUGGUGAUUGGGUAGUAGCCUUGGGCUGCCCCCUUUCUCUUCAAAACACAAUUACAGCUGGUAUUGUAAGCUGUGUUGAUCGUAAGAGCAGUGAUCUGGGUCUCGGAGGAAUGCGGAGAGAGUAUUUGCAGACUGAUUGUGCCAUCAAUGGGGGUAAUUCUGGUGGACCUCUUGUUAAUAUUGAUGGAGAAGUUAUAGGUGUUAACAUCAUGAAAGUGAUGGCAGCUGAUGGUUUGAGCUUUUCUGUACCAAUCGACUCGGUUUCCAAAAUUUUAGAGCAUUUCAAAAGAAAUGGGAGAGUAGUGCGACCCUGGCUUGGUCUGAAAAUGCUUGAUCUAAAUGAUAUGAUUGUUGCUCAGCUCAAGGAGAAAGAUGUGACGUUCCCUGAUGUUAGCAGAGGUGUUCUUGUGCCUAUGGUAAGCCCAGGAUCCCCUGCUGAACGAGCUGGUUUCCGUCCAGGAGAUGUUGUCAUUGAAUUUGAGGGGAGGCCUGUUGGAAGCAUAAAAGAGGUGAUUGAGAUUAUGGGGGAUAAAGUUGGAAAACCGAUGAAAGUUGUGGUGAAAAGAUCCAAAAAUGAUUCUUUUACAUUGACCGUGAUACCCGAGGAAGCAAAUCCACAUAUGUAAAUGUUUGUUUGUAGUCGGCAUGCUUUUCUUUUACUUGGACAAGCUGAAGCCAACAUGAAGUUAGAAACAGGAAUGAAGUCGAAUGCAUUAGGU